AAUUAAAUGAGGUCAUGGCUCACGUUUCUCUCGCUAAAUUCAACUUCGAGGGAGAAGUGGGUUAGGUGGUGGUCUGUACCAAACUCUAUUGCAUUACACUUUGGUCUACUUUCUCCUUUCUCCUUUGUUCUUCAUGCAUCUUCUCCUUCCUUCUUUGCGACAUGACCACAAUACAACAAAUCAUGACAAAUUAAAGAAUACCCAAUGCUCAAAACUCUAAUCCCUCAAUUGGGUAUCUUUCCUUUCCAAAUUUCACCAUAAAAAACUGAAGAUCAAAUCUAAUCAUGGAAGAAGAAGAAGGAAAUUUCCCAAUUCAAGAACAAACCCACAAACAUAAGCGAGAAAAAAGUGGAAUUUUAGGUCUAAUAAUGUCACCUAUACAUUGGAUUAGCAAAUUAUGUAAUGAAUUGCAUUGGACUUUUGUGAUGGGUGUGAUUGCAGUUUAUGGUAUAAGUCAAGGGUUAAGUAUGGGUUUAAGCCGUGUUACUAUGCAGUAUUAUAUGAAAGAUGAACAGAAAGUACAGCCCUCUGAAGCGCAAAUUUCAAUGGGAGUUGUUCGAUUUCCUUGGGUUGUUAAGCCUUUGUGGGGCCUUCUCACUGAUGUUCUUCCUCUUUCUGGUUACAGAAGAAGGCCAUACUUCAUUUUUGCUGGGUUUCUUGGGGUGACGUCGAUGCUCGUUCUGUCCAUUGUUGAUGGGCUACAUCUGGUACCUGCUGUGCUGUCUCUCAUGGCAGGAAGUGCUGGAGUGGCUAUAGCAGAUGUGACGAUAGAUGCCUGUAUCACAGAGAAUAGUAGCAGUCAUCCUUCGCUUGCUGGUGACAUGCAGAGUUUGUGUGGAUUAAGCUCUUCAAUCGGAGCUCUUGCCGGGUUCAUAAUCAGUGGUUUUCUCGUUCAUCUUAUUGGGUCCAAGGGUGUGUUUGGCCUGUUAGCAAUUCCGCCUGCACUAGUUGUUUUGGUUGGAUUGACAAUUAAAGACUCUCCAGUGCGGAAUUUCUCCUACAGUAGGGUAAAUGAGAAGUUUUUGGAUGCUGCAAGAGCUAUGUGGACCACGUUAAAGUCCCAGCACGUCUGGAAGCCAUGUCUUUACAUGUUUUCUUCCCUUGCUCUUGGCAUAAACAUCCAUGAGGGAUUGUUCUAUUGGUAUACAGAUGGGAAGGGAGGUCCAUCAUUCUCCAAGGAGAUUGUGGGAUCCAUAUAUUCAGUUGGGGCAAUUGGCUCUCUGUGUGGGGUUCUUCUCUAUCAGAACAUGUUGAAGAAUCGCCCUUAUCAUGACUUACUAUUUUGGACACAGUUGCUGCAUUGUGCAUCAGGAAUGCUGGAUUUAGUUUUGGUGCUUCGUCUUAAUCUAAAAUUUUUCAUACCAGAUUACCUCUUUGUUGUAAUAGAUGAAGGAGUUUCUCAUAUGAUCGGUCGUCUCAAAUGGAUGCCUUUGCUAGUACUUAGUUCCAAGCUUUGCCCUCCUGGUAUAGAAGGAACAUUCUUUGCGUUAUUGAUGUCCAUUGAUCAAGUGGGAAUGCUUACCUCAACUUGGGCAGGAGGAUUUGUUUUACAUAUAUUACAUGUAACGCGAUCAGAGUUUGACAACCUUUGGCUUGCAGUUCUAAUUCGUAAUCUUUUGAGAUUAGCGCCAAUAUUUUUACUGUUUUUGGUGCCAAGAACUGAUCCUAACUUGCCAGUGCUUCCUUCUGAAAUUUCAAAGACGAAAAGGGAUACUGAGACACUGGCAACUGAUAAUCUUGAGAUGGCCUCUCUUCUUUCAUAAUUCCAGCUGAUCAUGGUGUCAUUAGUCAGUCACUCGUGCUCAGAAGUGAAUUCUGACAAAGUCAGGAGCAUCUAAAGUCCGAAAUGGUUCAGGAAGCAAAUCUGGUUUUGGACAGUACAAUUAGCGUUGAGCAAAGAUCCAGAAAUCGGGGGGUAAGAAUUCCUUAAUGAUUGGAGAGCACAGCCUUUUGAAAAAUGUUUUGUUCAGAUUGUGAAGGAAAAAGUUGACACUACCAUUAUGCUCAAAGUUUUGGACAAUACAAGUUAUACAAGUUUUCAAGUAUUAGAUGAAGAUGGACGAGCCAGUUGCUUAGAUACUUCACUGCAAUUCUUGGGCUGUAAGGACAGAUUAGAUUUAAGAUGUAAAUCUAUGAAAUCUGAAUAGUUGGAGUAUUAUUUCUGGUACUUAAAAUGAUGUUUCAGCAGAAUGUAGAUGCUAUUCCGAAAUAUUAUCUGGAUGCUGAUAUGAAAAGUAUGACUAUCUUUGCAUUGUUA